UGUGAGAUGAGGAGUCAGUGCAGUGCGAUGAUGUUGCACGCGAGGGAGUGUCAACCGUUUGGUUCACCUUAUUACCACAUCGUUUGUCUCAAUGACGGGAGAUAGUGUUUGUGUGUGCAAGAUCACGUCUCGGCAAAACGGGCGUAGAGAUUUUGGAUUUCUCUUUGGAUUUCUCUUAUGCGGUGGUCAGUCUUUGAGAGAGAGAGAGAGAAAAGAGCGAGCGAGAGAGAUAUUGUUGAAAGUGUAAAGAAAAUAGCAUGACAGGUUUUCAGCCAAGCAUGGAGCAGCAUCUGGUUGCUAAGCGACACACUAGAAAGAGAGAUGUUUUCCGGUAUGCCCUGCUGACUGUGACCUUCUUCUUCGUCGUUUACUACUUCUACUUCUGGCUCAUAGUCAAGAACAGCUUUGACGACUUGAACUGGGAUCUGUUUGGGAAGCUGAAGACAUGGAUUCCGUGGUACAGGGUGCUGCUCGGUCUCGUGUGCGCCACAUUUGCAUAUCUCUUUAUUCUCAUGUUGUAUUUUGUGUACUGUGUGCUGCGUGGGCGACCUCUCCGUCUGCAUGUGGUUCACGUCAUCAUCACGGUGACGAUUCUCGUCUUCUGCGUCGUGUUCACCAUCGGCAUCAACAUCUUGUGGGCAUCAGAGUGGACCACGGUCUAUCUGUCGCUUAAGAUUAUGGGUCCGUUUCUUCAUAUCGGAGCAGUAGCCAUCAUGACCUCGGUGUCAUGGAUUGUGUCUUUGCAGUACUGUCGUAUGUCGUCAUGUGCGUGUAAGUUGUUUGUGAUGUCGGUGUACGUGUCGCUGAUGUUUCAGCUGUACGUGUCUCCGUUGUUCAUCAAUUCUCCGUGCGUCGUCUCCCCGGACAACCUGCCCAGGAAACCACGAACAGUCGCACACAGAGGAGCCUCAGGGAUUGUUCCAGAAAAUACAUUUAUGUCAUUCCGCUAUGCUGAGAAAUAUGACGCAUAUGUAUUCGAAACGGACGUCAGAAUAAGUUUCGAUGGAGUACCAUUUCUGUUGCACGACAAAACUUUCAGAAGAACCACGAACGUGGCCGACGUGUUUCCGGAAAUGGUUGACAUGGAUGCAUCACUGUUUAACAUAUCCCAGAUUAAAUCUCUGAACGCAGGAAGCUGGUUUUUAAAUAAAAAUCCUAUGUGGUCGGCUGGCGAUCUGUCGGAUGAGGAGAGGAAAGAGGUUGCUAACCAGACCAUCCCGACCCUCAGGGAGGCUGUGGAGGUCGUCCAACUCGCCGGUAAAAGAAUCAUGUUUGACCUCAUGGUGCCGAGCCCUCGACACCCGUACCACAACAAAACCGUUCAACUCGUUAUCGACGCCAUUAAAGCAGCAAAUCUGGAAUUGAAGAAGGUCUGGUGGCUCCAACACACGGCCAAUAACUCUAGACCAGGGGGCGUCACGCUUGUCGCGGAGGAAUACCAUCCACUAUCGAUGAUGCGUCGUGAGAACAUGUCCAUCGUGAACGUCCAGUAUACGGAACUAUCCAGACAAAAUAUAGAUGAGUACAGAGAUGCGAACAUCUCCGUCAAUGUGUGGACAGUGAACUCGAUGUGGUUCUUCUCACUCUACUGGUGUAUGGGGGUCCACUCCAUCACAUCCAACAUGUGUCACCAGAUACACGCCCUCCACUCUCCCGUCUGGCAUUUGGCUCCAGACAGUUACCGGAUUCUUUGGCUGACAGUUGACGUCAUGUCUAUAAUAAUCAUCAUGACAGUGUUCAUUGUGCAAAUAAUUCGCAUGCAUGGAAUAUCUUGUGGUUCCGACAUGCCGUGCUUUGAUGAAACUAGUAAACACUAUAAAAGGAAAUCUACGAACUCGAAAGAGAAACUGUUGUACGACGGAAGCGAGUCUAAUUCCGAAAGAACCAAUCACAUACCUCGACAGACUUGUGACAUAAUUAGUCAGCCAUCUUCGUAUCCAAUGUCCAAUAUGAAUUAUAGUAGCUAUGGACCAGGCUUCCAUAGCAACAGUUGCUAUCCAGAUAACAAAUACGAUAUGGAAUGAUAUGGGAUAUUUUGUUCCAUAUCUGUCCUGGUUUAAUUUAAUUUCCGUGUUUAUAUCCAAUCAAGAUUCAGGCGUGCUAGCCUGGGCACACACCCUUCAGCAUGAUCGAUUUUAUAGUGAUAAGCUAUGGUCAAUUCACUAAACAAUAGAAGAUUUUAUAACAUGUUAUGAUCCAUUCAUUAAACGAUAUAAGAUUUUAUAAUAUAUUAUGGCCUAUUCUUUAAACAAUAUGAGAGUUUAUAAUGAUCGGUUAUGAUCCAUUCAUUAAAUGAUAUUAUCUGUUCUGAUCCAUUCAUAAAACGGUAUAAUAUUUUGUAAUGAUCUGUUACGAUCAUUCAUUAAACUAUAUAAGAUUUUAUAAUGAUCGGUUAUCAUCCAUUAUUUAAAAGAUUUAAGAUUUCAUAAUGAUCUGCUAUGAUUCAUUCAUUAAGCGAUAUAAGAUUUUAUAUUGAUCGGUUGUGAUCCAUUCAUUAAGUGAUAUGAUCUGUUAUGAUCCAUUCAUUAAAUAAUAUGAUCGGCUAUGAUCCAUUCAUUAAGUGAUAUGAUCUGUUAUGAUCCAUUCAUUAAACGAUAUAAGAUUUUGUAAUGAUCUGUUAUCAUCCAUUAUUUAAAUGAUAUAAACUGUUAUAAUGAUAUGUUAUUAUCCAUUUAUUAAACGAUACAAGACGUUAUGAAGAUGAAUACUGAACAGAUCACAGCGUACCUCAGAGGGUGAUUCCAGGAUAGGCGUACUUGAAUCUUUGGUGGGCCUAGGCACGCGAUGAUAUGGUCGGCCAGUUUGUGUGAUGACAAUGUCAUAUGCCACUGAAUAUAAGCAAACCUGUGAUAGAGGUCUUGUUAACCACACCCAGACUAGAAUGAUUAGGGUUUAAAAUAUAAGUUUAUGGUGUCCUUCUGCUAUUUAACAGAAUGUUGUGGGAUUUUGUUUUUGUUUUGGAGGGGAUUUGUUUCUUCAUUUUUUAUUUUUUAUUUCAUUCUUUUUUAUUGUAUUUCUUGACAAAAAUUAUAGAUGUCAACUUUAUCUAAUUUAGUUGGGUAAAUCACUGCAGUAUUAGCCAAAGACUACAGUACUAGUUGAAUGAAUGAGUUGAUUGAUUGAAUAAAAGAAAAACACCUAACGAAUUAAUGAAGGGACAAACGAACGAACGAAUGAAUUAAUGAUUAAAUUUCUGUUUAACGUCACCUCGGCGUACACUGUGCUAUGUCUCAGGCCCGUUGCGACGAUAUCUGGAGUUGCGGGGGACAUUAUAUAGAGGUGGUGGGGGUAUGGGGAACAAAAGCAGAUUCAUGACUUUAUUUUUUAACUUUUGUUGUAGGACCAAAACCCCCGUGCAUAGACAGGAUAACACAUACAUACGGCCUUUGAUAUACCAGUCGCGGUGCACUGGCUGGAGCGAAAAAUAGCCCAAUGGGCCCACUUACAGGAAUCGAUCCCAGACUGAUCGCGCAUCAAGCGAACGUUUUUACGACUGAGCUAGGUCCCGCCCCGGUGGGACGAGGAAUGGAUGUAUGAAUGCAUGAUCAAAGUACAGAUAGUAUUCAAUCUAAUGAUAAUAGAUUGGAAUCAUGUACAAAUCAUAUUUAAGCCACUAAUAUAUAAGUUGUCACUGUUAAUAUUAUUAAUGUACAUAAACGAUUUAAUAUAUUAUUCUGAUAGUAUACAUUUGUGCAAGUCAAUUCCACAUUCAUUACGGGUCAGUUUUUCAGAUAGUCCCCGUAAAUCUAAGCUAAAUUUUAUUGAUAUUAAUUUAGGGGUUUUUUAAUGUUUAAAAUAUAAUUUACUUUGAAUCGUAUUAAAGUAUGUGCAUAUAAAUUAUGUGCAUAUUAAAUUAUGUGCAUAUUAAAGUAUGUGCAUAUUAAAUUUACCAAUGUAUUUUGAACAUUUUACACCCAUUUUGACAGUCUGAAUUAGUUGAAUAGUAAAAAUACAUUAAAACAUGUGCGUUUCUGUUGUUGUCCACUAUAUUAAUAUCAUUUAAAUAUAUUAUUAUUGUACAUUUAUAUUAGUAGUAGUGUUAGCAUCAUUAUUACAAUUAGUAUGACUGUACAUGUAUAGUCUUUUUUAUUAUGAUGAUUACACAUUAUUAUUAUAAUUAUUAUUAUUAAUAUUAUUAUUAUUAUUAUUAUUAUUAUUAUUAUAUAAUUAAUUGUACAUGUAAAUUGAUUGAUUUCGUCAUGUUUUGCAAUGGUUAAAUUAUUCAUAUAAUAAAUAAACCAAAACACU